AUGCCACAACAACCUGCAGAUAGCGAUGAUGAAUUUCCAGAUGACAUCGGACAACUGGACUUGAGCAACGUUCCAGGUCUUCAGGAGAUUCCGCUCACAGCUUCGGUCAGGCCUCAAUUGUACGAUCCUCCUCCCAACGUGAUCGUACCAGCGCCGCCAUUGCAAUCAUCUACAUCACCCCUAAUUUCCGAGUACGACUGCGACGAUGAAAUAGAUGAGUCAACCAUCGCCGCUCUAGAUGCUCUAGAAGCACAGUUCGCACAUGGUCAACCUCGACCCGGGGCUUCUCUUUUCACUGCUCAGUCGUCGAUUGCUAGUGGGUUCCACACAUUCUUCAACCUUUGCAUAUUUAAAGAUGAUAUUGACUCAACAGCCCGCGCUGCUAUUCCCGGUUUAGAUGACCGCAAGCGCGGACUGUCGUCACCGCAAACAUCGCCCGCCAGCAAAAAAGGCAAGACAAGUGCCGAAGACAGUUGUGACACAGCAAACAAAAUACUAGAGGGUCUCGAGAACGAGAUCAUGUGUCCAAUAUGCUUUGAUAUCAUGGUCGCAGCACACCUAUGCAAUCCUUGCGGCCACAGCUGCUGCGGAGAAUGCGCUCAAGGCUGGAUAUCCCAGAAUAAAACGUCUCCAGCAUGUGCAGUGUGUCGCGCUGCGUUGUCUACGACCAAACCACUUCUUCUCAAUUAUUCCCUGGAUGCCGUAAUUCAGCAAUAUAUCCGCGCUCUUGCCAUCAGCGGACGAUUAGAAUGGCAGGAGAAGGGAGACAGGUUAGCGGAGUGGAGGAAGCGUCAUGACAAAUGGACGAAAAUCGCCCAAGCGAAUGCGGUAAAGGCAAAAGAAACUGCAUAUCGUAGAAGGCGCUAUCAAGACCUUGUCGUUUCCUACCAGCCACCAGUUUAUGAAGCUCUCGGAUCGUAUGACGAUGAAGACGAUGAGGUUGUGCAGAUUUUACCUCGCCGAAGAAUAGGGAGACGGUAAUCAAUGUUUGUUCCAUAGCCUAUAUUCUUCAACGGACCUCUCAUUCAAUAUUUCCUAUCGUAAUUGUUACUUUAGUAUCGUAAUCGCAGUUCACGUUCAGCCAAUAGAUUCUUGCAGCCAAUAUACACGUACCACUUUCGAGACGAAUCGCGGCUUAUCUGCUUAUCUUACACGUCACAUCAACGUCUAACACGUAAAUUGACCUGCAGUGAUAAUUGAUGGCAUCAGAACGA